CAACACCCCCUCCACCGCGCUCAGCUGCACUCACCUGCGGCCCUCCUCGUCAUCGUCUCCGCCGCGCCUUGUGUUUGCACCGGCGCAGUCGUCGUCCUAGGCCACUGGAUGCCGUGCUCGAUCGGCGCUGCGUGCGCUCUGCCAGCAGUCGCGAGGGUCGACGUACAAGCCCAAAACCCAGAGGAGGUCGCGUACAAAUAUCCUCCAGCCCUCCACUCGCACCGGGUCCAUGCACGAGGCGGAGGAACAAUGCGCUGAGGGUCCGCAUGCGAGCUCCGCCCUGGGCUAUUGUUGUUCUCUUCCGUCAGCGAGCCCUCGACGCCCAUCGCACCAUGCCGAGACUUCCCGCUGCGUGCCCUCGCCCCUGGAGGACAAGAACGCCGUUGCCAUCGCCGCGUCUUGUUGCAUGGCUUUCGCAGGCCGGCCGGGGUGCGUUUCUUGUCAAGGCGCGAUCGGGGAUCGUCUCCUGAUUUCGCGGCACGUGUCACUGACUUCAAGCUGCACCGUCAUCAUCACCUCUUCAAAUGCACUCGGGCUGCCUCCAUCUCACUCUCUCCGAAGGCCCGCAUCGCACCAAGGCAGCAGCUCGAUAUGCGUGAUAAAAUUUCUGCAUGUGGGAACCGCCCGCGAGGCAUCGCUCCUGGGCGCUAGUGACGCAAGCCGCGCUCUGCUAGGCUCUGCUAUCUGGCCAUCUACUAUCUGUGCCUCCGCAUCCAUCUCUCCUCGACCGCGCAUCCUUCCGACACCGCCUCGCCCGCGAUCUUCUCGAGAUUGUGCCCUUCGGCUACGUCGCCUCCCGAGCUCGAGAGGAACGCGCCAGCCGACCGAAGUGGAUCUAGAGACUGACUGGGUACUAUCCAAGCCAAGUGUUCUUGCAUGUGCACACAGCUUUUGCCUCGCGUCUCCUUCUGCAGCUGCCGUGGAACAGACGGCGCUGCGGCGUCUCGGCUCUUACAGUGCGCGCAAGCAACAUCCCCUGCUUCCGCGCACGGGGAGUGGCAAUCCAUCGAUCGAUUACAUUCCCCCUGCCCAGCCCUGUCCUGGCUGUCCUGGCCUCACCGCAGCUCACUGCCCGCGAUUCCAGAUCCAGAUCCUCGCGGCCAAGGGCUGCUAUGACUCUAUGACUCUGCCAUGUAAUACUCGUACAGCAGGACCCGGCGUCUUCGAUCGAUCGCCGCGCGCGCACUUAAACGCCGGCACCCCCUCCACUGCCCCAUUGCGUGCUCCGUGCUCCGCCGUGCGCGUGGCUUCCGCGUUGCGCUCCUCGUGCCCAUCUCAUGCCGCCUCCCCCGGCGUUCAUCCGUGCGGAUCUGAGCCUAUCCGAGCGCUAAUAGCCGGCGAUCACCGACGACCCACCUCCACCUCGUCCGCCUACAGCACACAAGGACUGGGCUGGGAUGGGAUGGGGAACCCGCUGUGGAUGCCGCUGGAUGCCGACGCAGCGUCAUCGACGAACCCGUGUUCUCGUCCACGUCCACGUCCACGCGCAGCCGCGGCUUCCUCAUCGCCGAAGAGACGCUCGCCUGUGAAGACCUGUGACAGCGCCCACGGCCCGCAGCCGCUAUCUAGGUCACUCGCGGCGUGUGUCUUCUCGGCAUCGUGCACAGCGGCGCGCGUCGAUUCGGGAGUCGCGGUGCCGCUGCGAGGAUGCUGUAUGUGGGUUGCGAUUUUGGACGCGGGAUCGGGGUUGUGGACGGCCGCGCUGGGCGACGGGGGUUUGCGGUCCAGGUGUUCGCUGGCAGGAGCUGUUCUGAGGACCUCACAUGACUUGUCUCCUGCCUGCGCUCGCUUGCCUGGGCAUCAUCGCCAUCAAGAGCGCCUUAUCCGUGUUCGCAACAGAACCUCGUUCGUGUCCGCCUUCGGCUUCCUGAUUGCUCAAGAGACGCUAUCAUGACCCGGCGCUCGAAGCCGUGUAUGUGCGCAGCAGCGACAGCGUGUUCUGCUUCGAUAUCAUGGACAGCGACGCGUUGAUUCGGGGGGCCCACCCUGAGCUUCUCUAGGUUUCGACUAUGUAACUGGGGCUAGCUUUGCGGCGCGACUCUGGCUAUGCCAUGGGUGAGUGCGCUGGGCGACGAAGGAUGGCAUCCUUCGUGAUCGUUGGCAGGACAUGGUUUUACGGCCUCACGCGAUCUGUCUCCCAUUUGUGCUCGCUCGUCCCGUGCAUCAACAUCAGCAGAGCCUUUUUCAUGUCCGCCUUUGACUUCCAGAUCGCUAAUAGAUGCUGUCCGGCAUGACUCGGCGCUCGAGGCGCUGUGCGCGCAGCGACGGUUCUGCUCUGUCGUCACAGGCAGUGACGCGUUGAUUUGGGAUGUGCUGUUGGCACCACUGCGAGGGUGUGUGGAUUUCGGCUGCAUGAUCGGAGCUGACGGCCAAGGCGCGUGCGCUGAUCGGGGCUCUUCAUCAUCGCUGGCAGUACUGCUCUUUUCACUCCGUCACGAGGAAUUCAUGUUAUGUUGUCCACGAUGCCAUUCUAUCGCCGUCGAAUCAGACGCUCUGAUACAGAUGAAUGAUCUUGUGGACGG